AUGCAUCUUCGGAUCCCUUUCACGCCCUACCGAGCCGGUUCCAGGAAACUGAUGGCAGAUUUUGACUGUGACACCUUCAGGGACAUCAAGGCCAACUGUAAGGUGGAGGUCAAACCCAACCUGGGCGAAUACAUUACUAAGCUUAAGCUUUGCGUCGGGAGGAACAACACGGAGCACCGCACCGACGAGAUCAGCGUGAACCGUUUGAUGCUGCGACGCGGCCAGCGUUUUCAGCUGACGUUCUUCACCACACGGCAGGUCCGACCGGAUACCGACACGGUGCUCCUGACCGUGGAGAUUGGACCCAGCCCCUCAGAGUCAAAGGGUACGCACAGCGUGUUUGGUUUUCCGUGGCAUCUAGGUGGGAAGGGGAGAUGGAAAGUAGAGCUGGUGGAGAGUUGCUCCUCUUCUUUCACCAUGGGAAUCACCAGCCCAGCGGACGCCUGUGUGGGCUCCUACAAGCUCUCUAUAAGGCUGGGGUCGGAGAAUGCUAUCCCCCGACAACUCACAAACCUGGUGCUCCUGUUCAACCCCUGGUGUGCAGAGGACUGGGUGUACCUCCCCCAAGAAGCAGAAAGGCAGGAGUAUGUGAUGGCUGAGCAGGGCAUCAUCUAUACAGGGACACGGCACUACAUUGGCGCCAGGGACUGGAACUAUGGACAGUUUGAGGAGGAUAUGGUGGACAUCUGCAUGAAGCUGCUGGACAUGAACCCCAAGUGUUUCAGGGACGCUGCUGAGGACUUCUCUGCCCGCUGCAACCCCAUCUAUGUAGCGAGGGUUGUCAGUGCUAUGAUCAAUUCUAACGGUGACAAUGGCAUACUGGUUGGACUCUGGCAGCCACCGUACUCCGGCGGUGUGGCCCCGACCCAUUGGGACGGCAGUGUGGACAUCCUGCAGCGUUGGUACACUUCCAACUUCAGCCCCGUGAAGUACGGCCAGUGCUGGGUGUUUGCGGCAGUCAUGUGCACAGUUUUGAGGUGUCUGGGAAUCCCAUGUCGCGUGGUCACCAAUUUCCAAUCUGCACACGACACUGACAAAAGCCUGACCAUUGAUAAAUACUAUUCAGACAAUGGACUCCAGCCUAAGGAAAGCCAUGAUAGUGUUUGGAACUUCCACGUGUGGGUAGAGGGAUGGAUGAAGCGGCCGGACCUCUGUGGGGAUUCAACAUACGAUGGCUGGCAGGUGCUGGACCCCACCCCACAGGAGAAGAGUGCAGGAGUGUUCUGCUGUGGUCCGUGCCCUGUGAAGGCUGUUCUGGAGGGACACACCGACCUGAAGUAUGACAUUCCGUUCGUCUUCUCUGAAGUCAACGCAGAUCAAGUCAACUGGAUUGUUCAGUCCAAUGACUCAAAGGAAAGACUCCACAGUGACAGCUCUCAGAUUGGCCAGAACAUCAGCACUAAAGCUGUAGGCGCAGACAGACGAGAGGACAUCACAGCCUGCUACAAAUACCCAGAGGUUUCUAAGAAGGAGCGUCUGGUGUUUGAGGAAGCCGUGAGGAGAGGAAACGAACACAAGCCCCGCCCUGAGCUGUCACUGAAGCCUACCUAA